AUGCUUUGGCCAAAGGACAUCUUGCUUUUCACAAUGGUUGUGAUGACACUGAUUUCAUCUUUAAGGGCUGGUCCUGGUGCUUUUUCUGAAAUUGGAGCGGUCUCUGAAAACACAAUCCGUUUUGGCACACUUUUAAUAGGUGCUGAAGAGCGGUUCCACCUUGCUGAAGCUAAGCUGCAUCGUUUGGGUCCUUCUGUGCAAUGUGGAAGUGAUUCAAUGACCUUGCGCAUUCCAGGGGCAACAAAAACUCCACACUUUCUGGUUGAUCGAGGAGAUCAGUCAAUAGUGCCUCUGUCUGAGAUGCCAGCCAGCUGUGGUUUCUCGCUGAAGCGGGCACGCAGAGAUGUUUCUCUUGUUGCUCCAUACCAGGGCUGCGUCCGACUACAGGACGGAAGUUAUGUUCUGCCACUGCUUGUAAUGGGGGCUCCCGUGCAAAUGUCUUGCCCUGCAAGUCAUCUCAUCCCUACAGUGUCCUGCUUUCCCUCUUACAUGACUAUCUCACUUGGCGUCGGAGUAGAUGAUGUUAAAGUUAAAGUUGAUGGAUCAUGGCAGCCUUUACUUUUAACACCUCCCAAAUGCUCAUUCACACUGGAGACUGUUGAUGGUUCACUGGUUAUCACGGCACCAUUUGGAAGCUGUUUGGAAGUGAAGGAUGCUGAAAUGCAGCUCCCUCUGAUGUACGGUGACCGGGAAGUGACUCUUUCUUGUCCUGUGACUCCAAUGCUGGCCCCAACAACCAUUGCUCCUGUCCAGGACCCAUUGGACAGUCGACAAAUAUCUUACCCUUCCCCGUUUGGAAAACCCUGGUGGUAUCAUCCACAUUCUCCUGGUUACCCUGUACCUCCCACUGUGCCUCCUACAACUCCUCCUCUUCAAGACCCUAACCAACAUGUGUUCCCUCACAUGUAUCCCAUGUCAAUGUUUGAUCCUUGCUUACAUUCUGGUGGUUCUGCAGCACAACGGCCCAGGUACCCAAUGUUUCCUCCCUAUAUGUUCCACAACCACCGCUGCUCAGUUUGAGCAGUUUGCAGGUUAUCCUCCGAUGUACCCAAUGUUCUAUGGGCGUCAACCCUUCAAGUCUUUUGUUCAUCCUGGUACAGCUGUCCUGUACAGGUAUUGCAGACACGCUGUGAUGAGACGUGUGAGAUGAUUAAAUGUUGAGUUACUUCAAAGUGGUUUAGAUGCCAAAAGAAAAUUGAAUGCCUUUUCUUUUCAUUUUUCCAGGUUCACUUAAACCUAAUAAAGCUUCAUGAGACACUAGUAGUUGGUUUCAACUGAGCUAAUUAGAACAGACACAAGCUUAAGACUAAAGGAAAGUCAUUUUCAAAGCUGUUUGCUUGGUAUUUAAACACCAGUUUUCAAAUAAAGGGACAAUUUCAGUUUCUUUUUUACUCCCAAUUUCAAGUUGGUGUGUUUUUUUGUUUUUUUUGUUUUUUUGUUUUUCCUUUCAUAAACUUCAAUGGAUAAAAUCAUGUAUUGUAUGGAAUGUAUACUGCUCUAAAUAUUUCUAGAACAAUGUUCCUUAAGUGUUACAAUUUACAUUAAA